UUUCCCAUGGAUUCACAUUAUUUCAUGCCAUCUUCGCCUUGCUCCCUGCAUCCUGGAAUACAUACACAUCCAAAUGCAAAUUCAGCACCGGCAGUGCUAAACCCACCGAGAAUCACACCAAUUGGCUUGAAAAUAAGCAAUAGCUACUUUAGUUGUUUAUGCUAUCACCACCACCAGAAGAAGCGAAAGUCAUUGUUCAGGAAGGAUCCUUUUGGUAGACAGACUAGGAAAUGGGGUUAUCAUCAAUUGGAUAACAAUCGAAGUGAGACAGGCGACAGCAAGAAGGGUAGCCUUGCUGGUGCUAUUGCUCUUGUCAUUGGGACUAGUAUCGGUUCUGGAAUCCUCGCACUUCCCCAGAAAGCUUCCCCAGCCCAGGGAUUUGUUCCAAGUUCAGUAUCAAUAAUAGUAUGUUGGGCUUUUCUCCUCAUUGAAGCACUUUUACUCGUUGAAAUCAAUGUGGCUAUUCUGAGGAAGAGGAAGAGGAAGAGGAAGAGAGAUGAGGAAUUGGAGGUCAUUUCUAUUAGAACAAUGGCCCAAGAAACACUUGGGGAAUGGGGUGGCGCUUUGGCCACUGUCACUAAUGUUGUAUUGGGAUAUAGUUGCAUGGCUGCUUAUUGUUCCAAAUCUGGAGAUCUCCUUUUUCAAUGGAUUAAUUUCCCAGCACCUGUCUCAGGCUGUCUAUUCACUGCUCUCUUCACAAUGCUCAUCUCCAUUGGGGGAACUCAAGCUACUGAUCGAGUUAACCAAUGGCUUACAGCUUCCAUGAUUGGUCUCUUAUUGGCUAUUGAAGUACUAGCAGUUGAGUUUGGUGGAUGGUCUGGAAUAGGCGGCAGUGACUGGGCAAAAGUACCAGCAGCGAUGCCUGUCAUUAUCUUUUCUCUAGUGUAUCAUGAUAUAACACCUGUUCUUUGUGCUUAUUUGGAAGGUGAUUUGGAUCGUAUAAGAGCUUCAAUAUUUUUGGGUAGUCUAGUGCCACUGAUGGCAUUACUUAUUUGGGAUGCAAUUGCCGUUGGUUUGGCAGCAGAAGUAGAACAAAUAGUUGAUCCUAUUGAGCUGUUAUUCAGGGUGAAAUGGAGUGGUGUUUCAGUUCUGGUCGGGGCAUUCUCACUUCUAGCAGUUGGGACUUCACUUAUUGGUACCCUCCUCAGUUUCUCAGAGUUCUUCAAGGAGCAGCUUAAAAAUCUAGUUUGGCUUUCUCCUCCAACACAGGAAUUAAAUGGUGGUUGGUGGGGAAGGAAUAAAAUGAGCAUCGUGGCUAUGACAAUUGUAGUUGCUCCUUCUCUGUUUGUCUCAGCAACUUUUCCAGAUGCAUUCUCUGCUGCUACAGAUAUUGCUGGAGGCUACUGCAUGACAGUGCUGUAUGGAGUUCUUCCACCAGCAAUGGCAUGGACAAUGCAGAAGAGGGAAUAUGAGGGUUCUGGUGCAAAAUCAUUAUCAGAAGCUUGGCCAGCUCUUAUUAUGGUCUCUUUAUUUGCUUGUGGCAUUGUGGUGGAUCAAAUCCUGCAAGAUACCCAAGCCCUGCACUUGUAAAUUCCUUCACAUUGUAUAUUUAACUCUCACUCUCUGAACAAUAUACUCUUGAGGACAUUAGUUUCCAUGUAGAUCAUUUUCUACAUCCAUUGCCUCACAAAAUGUAACAUUGUGAGAUUAAUGCCAUUUUUGGUAGGUUGGAAUUGUAGAGAUGGAAAUGGAAUUGGGAUAAAAAUCUGAAUAAAGUGAUGUUUGGUA